AUGGCAACGGUAGUCCCACCGGUAACGCAGGACUCGACCGGCUCCAAAGGACCUACAGCAAUGGUGUUCAUGAACAUGGGCGGGCCAGCGACUACAGAUGAAGUGGGCGACUUUCUGUCCCGCCUCUUCGCAGAUGCAGACCUCAUCCCGCUAGGACCUCUACAGUCAUACCUUGGACCCUUAAUUAGCAGAAGACGAACACCCAAGAUCAAGCGACAGUAUGCGGAUAUUGGUGGGGGUAGUCCGAUCAGGAAGUGGAGCGAGUACCAAGCGAGCGAGAUGUGCAAGCUGCUGGAUAAGACCAACCCAGAGACGGCUCCACAUAAGCCUUACGUUGCUUUCCGAUAUGCGAAGCCUUUGACGGAGGACAUGUACCUGCAAUUACUGGAAGACGGCUUCGGUAAGGGCCGAGGAGGCAGGGCAGUAGCCUUCACGCAGUACCCGCAGUACUCAUGUAGCACAACUGGCUCAUCGUUGAACGAAUUAUGGAAGUUGCGGCAGCGACUCGAAUCACCCAGACGUAACCAGAACCUCUCUGCGGCCGAAGCAGAGGGUAGCAUCAAAUGGUCCGUCAUCGACCGCUGGCCAACGCACCCAGGACUGGUCGAAGCGUUUGCCGAGAACAUCACCAAAACAUUGGAGACAUAUCCAGAGGACAUCCGGGAUAGUGUCGUGCUGCUAUACAGCGCGCACAGCCUUCCAAUGAGCGUAGUUAACCGGGGCGACCCGUAUCCCGCCGAAGUAGCCGCAACUGUCUGGGCUGUCCAGCAACGACUCGGACACCGCAACGCAUACCGUCUUUGUUGGCAAUCGCAAGUCGGGCCGUCAGCGUGGCUCGGCGCGCAAACGAGCGAUACUGUUAAAAAUUUCGUCAAGAAGGGCCAGAAGGACCUCAUACUGAUACCGAUUGCGUUUACGUCCGAUCAUAUCGAGACGCUAUUCGAGAUCGAUCAAGAGGUAAUCCACGAAGCCGAUCAACUUGGCGCAGAAGGCAGAACGCGGCGCGCGGAAAGCCUGAAUGGCAGCCCAACAUUCAUCAAGGCUCUAGCAGACCUUGCCGGAAGCCACUUGAGGAACGACGAAGUGUGUAGCCGGCAGAUGGGCCUGCGGUGUCCGGGCUGCAAGAGCGAGCGAUGUUUGGAGCAGAAGCGAUUCUUCAUGGGGCAGGGAGUUCAGGCUAAUGCUGCUGUAACGCUCUAA